AUGGUGUUGUUCGUUGGUUUGCCAGUUAUCCUGAUGGGAAUUUCGAUUGGCCAGUUUUCUAGUCUGGGCUGCGUCACUGUAUGGAAGAUGUGCCCGCUUUUCAAAGGCAUUGGGAUUGCGGUGCUUAUUUUCCUUUGUUUCAUGGCUAUUUAUUAUAAUGUGGUGAUCGGUUGGUCGGUUCAUUUUCUCAUUUCUUCCAUGCGUUCCCAGUUACCGUGGUCCAGCUGCGGAAAUGCAUGGAACACCGAAAACUGCGUGGUAUUGUCACGGUGCAGCUCAAAUUAUACCAACGGAUCACCACAUGCCGUGACUGGAACGGAGACAAUGUGCUUUGAUACUCGCCAUGCGGCAAAUGUGUCGAUCAACAUGUCUACGUGGCCAAGCGACGAGUAUUUUCAUGCUGAGGUGUUGGAACUGUUGGAAGAUGUCGAACACCUAGGUCAGAUGCACUGGCAGCUUGCUUUAUUCAUCCUGGCUGCAUGGCUCGCGCUCUUCUUUUGUCUCUUCAACGGCAUUAAAUCGUCCGGAAAGGUGGCUUACGUAACGACCAUCGUUCCGCAUAUUAUCUUAUUUGUUCUUGCCGUCAAAGUAUUUACCGAAGAUGGCGGAAUCGAAGGUGUGCUUUACAUUCUAAAGCCUCGUUGGGAAUACUUAUCACACGAGAAGGCGGUGAUGAGCGAAAACGUGCAAGAUGUUUAUCGUUGGACGAAGCUGAGUAAAAGACUGAUCCGAUCAUUUCUGAAAGGUUGCGCGGUAGGUUUAAAGAUUGAAUGAAG